ACAACACUUAGUAAUUUUUUUCCUCCUUAUCACUAAAUCACAUUCACGUUCCAGCACGGCAGCACCCUCACUUUCGCAACUCACCCUAACCCUAACUCACCUUCGCCACGCACCCUUUCACACACACACCCAGAUCCGAGUGAAUGAGUGAACCAGAGGGAGGAGAGGAGGAAGACAGAGAUGAGAGCGCGAGCGAGAGACCAGAGAGUGAGAGGGGGUCACCGCCGCUGCAGCCGCCGCCAUCACCGUCGUGGAGGAGGGAGUCCAGAGGAGAGAGAGAGAAAGAUGAUUCGCAGACUAAAUGGAGAGAAAGGACGAAGACGCGACGCGAGAGAGAAGGAGGCUGUUCCGCCGUGCACUAUGGUCGCUCCUGGGGUCAAUUGAAGCCGCCGCCGCUGCUAGGGCUUGCCGUGCUCCUGUCCUCACUUUCGGCUUCUACGAUUUACUUCCUGGUGCGGAUGCAAUUCUCUCCUUUGAAAAGUUCUGCUGCAAUAUCCCCAGACCUCUUCUUCAGGGUUAAUUCAUCAAUAAGAAUGGCUUUGCAUGGUUGCUAUUGUCACCAUAUAAAGUUGACAAAUCAUAGAAGAACACCAAACUCCUUCAGCUUCUCAUCCUCCAUUUCGAAUCCCAAGCUUCCAAAGAAUAAAAGGGCACAGCGUGAUUCAUCAGAGAAUGAUGCAUAUCCUAGGUUCCUGGUUGUAAUGCGUCAGACAGAAUUGCCUGCAUCAAAUUCAAAGUAUGGUACCAAUGGAAAAGCUGUUAGAAUGGUACCCUCAAGUGAGGUAGUGAAGAGAAGCACACUGUCAGAUAAUAAGGUGAAGACAGUGAAUGGUGCAAAACAAAAUGUUAAUGGAGCAGCAACUAUUGUAAAAAGAGAUGUUAACCCACCCUUGACCAAGGCAGUGAAAUCAAGAACCUCUGUAGAACUUCCACCGCUGGAGGAGCUCAAGGUUUUGCCCUCGGGUGAAGGCUUCAGUUGGGCUAAUGAGAAUUACAGUUCUUGGCAGAGAUCUAUUGAUGUUUGGUCUUUUGUGCUUUCUUUGCGUAUUCGGGUUCUAUUGGACAAUGCAAAAUGGGCAUAUAUUAGAGGCUUCACAGAAGAUAAACAGAAAAGCAGAAGGCGGAAAACAGCGUCGUGGUUAAGGGAGCGUGUGUUGCAGCUUGGUCCAACUUUCAUCAAGCUUGGGCAGUUAUCAUCAACAAGGUUAGAUCUAUUUCCACGUGAAUUUGUGGAUGAGCUAGCAAAGUUGCAGGACAAGGUCCCUGCCUUCUCUCCAAAGAAAGCAAAAAGCUUCAUUGAGAGUGAAUUGGGAGCUUCCAUUAGCUUACUGUUUAGGGAGUUCGAAGAUCGGCCAAUAGCCGCUGCUAGUCUUGGUCAGGUAGCAUAAGAUCAGCCUGCUGC